UCCCCUCCUUUUUCAACAUGGCUGCAGAGUCUUCUUUCAACUAACGCUCAGAUUGGUGACUGUGUCGGUUUCUACUUUUCAGUGCCUCUUAUCUAUUUGGUGUUCAUCAUCUUUCCUCGGAUGCAGAGCACGUCCUCCACUCCGCUGUUUAGAUUUCACUGAGUGGAGUAACCUUCAACAAUCACUCCCUGCACUGGGCCUUCUUUUUUUUUUAUCUCCAAAACAACUAACUGCUACUCAACAACAGUUUUCAGUGCAAUGGUUUGAGUAGAUACACUCAGUUGUCCUCUUCAUGAACAAUGUGUGAAAACUGCGCCGAGCUGGUGGAGGUUUUAAAUGAAUUAUCUGAUGCAGAUGGCAGUGAAGGAGGCUUCCAGCUGAAGAAGGAACAUGCACUGCGAGUGCUGGGCUACAUCAGCUCCUGGUCACAGAGGCAAUGUCUGUGCUGCUUCAAGGAGUACAAGCAUUUGGAGGUCUUUAAUCAGCUGGUUUACGCCCUCAUUAACCUGGUCAUCACUCAGAUCAACAACCUGAGAAACCAGCUUUGCAGUGCCCAGAACCUCACGCACAAAGGGUCUGACUGGGCUGGAGGUGAGUCUGCACCCAGCCUGCUCCCCCAGCCGUCCUCCCCGGGGGAAGAUGAACCUGUUAAUGUGGAAAGGGACUCUGCUGAAGAGGACACCAACACACCGGACCUAAACCAGAACAAGACUCAAAGCCACGAUCAGGAAAGCAGCCGGCUUGAUGGAGCUCAGGAGGAUCCACUGGGACCUUUGGAUGGUGGCAGUGAGUCUGGUGAGGUGGAGGACGGUGCUGGAGGUGGCGGCGACAACAAUGGUGAAAACCAGCAUCCAUUCAGCUCUUGGACCACAGAGGAGAAAGAAAGGCUGCUGCUAUGUGCGGCCAAGAUUUUUCAGAUACAGUUCCCUCUCUACACAGCCUACAAACACAACACACAUCCCACUAUAGAGGACAUAUCCGCUCAUGAAAGCAACAUCCUGGGCUCCUUCUGUGACAUGAAUGAUGUGGAAGUGCCCCUUCACCUGCUUCGCUACGUCUGUCUGUUCUGUGGGAAACACGGCCUCUCCCUGAUGAAGGAAUGCUUUGAGCUGGGCACACCAGAGACCCUCCCCUUUCCCAUCGCCCAUUCCUUUAUCACUAUCGUCUCAAAUAUACGAAUAUGGUUGCACAUUCCUGCAGUUAUGCAGCACAUCAUACCCUUCCGCACCUACGUAAUACGGUAUCUGUGUAAGCUAUCCGACCAGGAGCUGCGACAGAGUGCCGCCCGCAACAUGGCUGACCUGAUGUGGAGCACGGUGAAGGAGCCGCUGGACAGCGCACUGUGCUUCGACAAGGAGAGCCUGGACCUCGCCUUCAAAUACUUCAUGUCUCCCACACUCACCAUGCGGUUAGCCGGACUCAGCCAAAUCACAAAUCAACUCCACACGUUUAAUGAUGUGUGUAACAACGAGUCACUGGUGUCUGACACAGAAACGUCCAUAGCGAAGGAACUAGCUGACUGGCUAAUCCACAACAAUGUGGUGGAGCACAUAUUCGGACCGAAUUUGCACAUUGAGAUCAUUAAACAGUGCCAAGUGAUCCUGAACUUCCUGGCUGCGGAGGGCCGGCUCAGCACGCAGCAUAUAGACUGUAUAUGGGCUGCAGCUCAGUUGAAACACUGUAGCCGCUACAUUCAUGACCUUUUCCCAUCACUAAUAAAAAACCUGGACCCAGUGCCUCUCCGUCAUGUCCUGAACCUGGUUUCAGGCCUGCAUCCAAGCGCCCAUACUGAGCAGACGUUAUACCUGGCCUCCAUGUUGAUAAAGGCUCUGUGGAACAACGCUCUCGCAGCCAAGGCCCAGCUUUCCAAACAGAGCUCUUUUGCUUCACUGCUAAACACCAACAUCCCUAUGGGGAACAAGAAAGGUUCUCCAGCUGCCAGUCCAGACAGCAGCGAUAACAGUGACACCCAGCACAGCGGAGGCAGCGACAUGGAGAUGGAUGAUCAGAUCAUGGUGACCAGCAACAAGAGGAGCCAGCAGAGGCUGUCAGAUACAGAGGAGUCGAUGCAGGGAAGCUCCGAUGAGACGGGCAACAGUGUGGAGGAGGGGAGCAGCGGUCCAGGUAGCAGCAGCGGACGCAGCGAGGCCUCCAGUAACGAAGCUGCCUCAAGUCGAGCCAGCCAGUCUGGUAGCCCCGGCAGCGAGCUGCACUCUGACGACAUGGCUGACAGUGAGGCCUUGAAGGAGGAGGAGGAAGACGAAGAGGAGGAGGACGAUGAAGAUGAAGAUGAUGAUGAGGAAGAAGAAGACGAUGAAGGAAACAGGUCUACUGCCGAGGAUAGCCAGCAGAAAGAAGGGCGGGAACAUACCGAGACGAGGAAGAGGAAGGCAGGGGAGGCGCUUGGAGAGGGAUCGAGUCACGGUGUGGGGUCCAUUGAAUCGGGGGGAGGAGCUAAAACCAAAGUUCGUCAAUUUAGCCCCGAGACCUCUGCUGUCAUGGUCACAGCGGCAUCGACUUCUUUAGAGGGCCGGACGAGAAUGCUAGACGCCUGCUCUUCAUCAUCUGCUCGGGCUGAGGUGAUGGAGGUCCAGCAGCAGCCGGGGGACAUCAGUCCUUCCCAGAUGGUCCAAGGCCCUCAGGAGCCUGCCUCUCUGCCAAGACCAGGGGACUUCCUUGGAGAGGCCAUGAACAGUGAGCUGUUUAACUGCCACCGAUUCAUCGGCCCACAGCACCACCACCACCACCACCAUCAUCAUCAUCAUCACCACCACCAUGAGGGUCCCAUGGUGGACGACAUGCUGAGUGCUGAUGAUGUCAGCUGCAGCAGCUCCCAGGUCAGUGCCAAGUCCGAGAAAAACAUGGCAGACUUUGACGGGGAGGAGUCAGGCUGCGAGGAGGAGCUGGUCCAGAUCAACUCCCACGCCGAGCUCAGCUCUCACCUCCAGCAGCACCUCCCCAACCUGGCCUCCAUCUAUCAUGAGCACCUGGUGCAAGGUCCAGCUGUUCAUAAACAUCAGUACUCCAGCCAUGCUGUGACUGACAUCAACCUUGAUAAUGUUUGUAAGAAGGGGAAUACCCUGCUUUGGGACCUGGUGCAGGAUGAGGACGCAAUUCAUCUCUCUGAGGGUCUGAUUAAUGAAGCAGAGAAGCUGCUGUGUUCGCUGGUCUGUUGGUUCACUGACAGGCAGAUCCGAAUGCGCUUCAUUGAGGGUUGCCUUGACAACUUGGCCCAUCAUCGGUCCGUUGUGGUUUCCCUGCGCUUACUACCCAAACUUUUUGGCACUUUCCAGCAGUUUGGCUCCAGCUACGACACCCACUGGAUCACUAUGUGGGCCGAGAAGGAGCUGCACAUGAUGAAGCUGUUCUUCGACAACCUCCAACACUACAUCCACGAAGUCCGAGAACACCGGCACAAGUUUGCUCUGUACAGCCACAGUGCAGAGGUCCAGGUCCGCCUGCAGUUCCUCACCUGUGUCUUCUCAACGCUGGGAUCACCGGACCACUUCAGACUAAGUCUGGAACAGGUGGACAUCCUGUGGCACUGUCUGGUAGAAGACGCUGAAUGUUACGAUGACGCGCUCCACUGGUUCCUGAAUCAGGUUCGCAGCAAGGACCAGCACGCCAUGGGCAUGGAGACGUACAAGCACCUCUUUCUGGAGAAGAUGCCUCAGCUGAAACCAGAAACCAUCAGCAUGACGGGCCUCAACCUCUUUCAGCACCUGUGUAACCUGGCUCGUCUGGCCACCAGCACCCUGGAUAACGCCUCCAGCUGCGAGCUGUGUGGGAUGGACCAGCUGUGGGGGAUCGCUCUGAGAGCUCAGUCUGCUGACAUCUCCCGCGCUGCCAUCCAGUACAUCAACUCCUACUACAUCAAUGCUGGUAAGACGGGGCUAGAGAAGGAGCAGGAGUUUAUCAGGAAGUGUAUUGAGAGCCUCCUGAUGGCCUCAGCCAACCUGGAAAAGGAGGCUCACUCUAGCCUGACCAGCAUCGAGAGGGGUCUGCUCAUGCUCAAAACGCACCUUGAGGCCUUCCGACGCAGGUUUGCGUAUCACCUUCGGCAGUGGCAGAUCGAGGGGACGGGAAUUAGCAGCCAUCUGAAAGCUCUGAGUGACAAACAGUCUCUGCCUCUCAGGAUCGUCUGUCAGCCUGCUGGCCUUCCUGACAAGAUGCCUGAGGCUUUGUACAGGCAAUGGAAAACCACAACAGAUGUAGGAGACACAGCGAACAUGAGACAGAAGAUGACCAUUGAGAUGUAUCCCAGUGAUCAGGUUGCUGACCUCCGAGCUGAGGUGACCCACUGGUACGAGAACCUGCAAAAGGAGCAGAUGAACCAGCAGGCUCAGCUGCAGGAGUUUGGGCAGAGCGGCCGGCAGCAAGGAGACUUCCCAGGAGGUUUGAUGGGCCCAGUUCGAAUGAUCUCCUCUGGCCAUGAGCUCACUACAGAUUAUGAUGAAAAGACUCUGCAUGAGCUGGGAUUUAAAGACAUGCAGAUGGUGUUUGUUUCUCUGGGUGCUCCGCGGAGGGAAAGGAAGGGGGAGGGCAUCCAGCUGCCGGCCUCCUGUCUGCCUCCCCCUCAGAAGGAGCACAUCCCCAUGCUGCUGCUCCUCCAGGAGCCACACCUCACCACACUAUUCGAUCUGCUCGAGAUGCUAGCAUGUUUCAAACCUCCCAGUCCCAACACAGAGAAGCUCCAGGACAGCCCAGAAAGUGCACGCUGCGAGGAGCUUCACCUCCAUGCAGAGAAUCUGUCCCGUCGAGUUUGGGAGCUGCUCAUGCUUCUUCCUACGUGUCCCAAGAUGCUGCAGGCCUUCCAAAACAUCUCAGACGAAACAAAUAGUGAAGGUCUUUGUUGGAAGGAACUGCUGAGGAUCAAAAGUCCCCACAAGCUGCUCUACGCUCUGGAGAUCAUCGAGGCUCUGGGCAAACCCAACAGACGCAUCCACAGAGAAUCAACGGGAAGCUACAGCGAUCUGUACCCAGACUCUGACGACUCCAGUGAAGAUCAGAUAGAAAACAGCAAGAACACCUGGAGCUGCAAGUUUGUUUCUUCUGGAGGUCUGCAGUUGCUCCUGGAGAUCUUCAACUCUGGCAUCCUUGAACCCAAAGAUCAGGAGUCCUGGACUGUGUGGCAGCUGGACUGCCUUGCCUGCCUGCUGAAGCUGAUCUGCCAGUUUGCAGUGGACCCUGCAGACCUGGACCUAGCCUACCAUGACGUCUUUUCCUGGUCUGGCCUUGCUGACAGCCAACGCAAGCGGGCGUGGCCUGGAAAAUCCCGUAAAUCCACUGGGGAACAUGGAAAAGGCCUGCACAUCCCUCGCCUUACAGAGGUCUUCCUCAGUCUCGUCCAGAGCACCAACCUGAUUCAGCGGCUCAUCAACGUGGCCUACACUUACGACAACCUCGCACACAGAGUUCUAAAGGCUCAGUCGGACCACAGGUCUCGUCAUGAAGUGACACACUACUCAAUGUGGCUACUGGUGAGCUGGGCCCACUGCUCAUCCACUGUGAAGUCCAGUCUGGCUGAUAGUGACCACCUCCAUGAUUGGCUCAAGAAGCUCACGCUGCUGGUACCUGAGCCGGCAGUGAGGCACGAGGCAUGUAACGGCCUCUACAAGCUCUCUCUGUCUGGUUUGGAGGGUGGAGAGUCCAUCAACAGGUCAUUUCUUCUCCUUGCUGCCUCCACACUGCUGAAGUUUCUGCCUGAUGCUCAGGCCCUUAAACCACUAAGGGUGGAGGAUUAUGAAGAGGACCCUCUGUUGCGGACCGGCUGUAAGGAGUACUUCUGGCUACUCUGCAAGCUCAUCGAUAACAUCCAUGUUAAAGAUGCCAGCCAGAAGGUCUCUCCUUCUCUGUCGCUGACUGGCUCGCUGCAGACCACCCUCCUGGACCUUGACGCUCUCGCCCGGCACCUUGCCGACUGCAUAAGGAGCCGAGAGAUCCUGGACCAGCAGGAUGGGAACAUUGAGGACGACGGGCUGACGGGCCUCCUACGUCUAGCCACCAGUGUUCUCAAGCACAAGCCUCCGUUCAAGUUCUCCCGGGAGGGACAGGAGUUCCUGCGGGAUGUCCACAACCUCCUCUUCCUCCUCCCCAGCCUGGCCGACCGUGCUCAGCCCAAAUGCAAGUCCCACUCUGCCAGAGCGGCUGCCUACGACCUGCUGGUGGAGAUGGUGAAGGGCUCAGUGGAGAAUUACCGGCUGCUCCACAACUGGGUCAUGUCGCAGCACAUGCAAUCCUCUCAUGCCCCGUAUAAGUGGGACUACUGGCCCCACGAUGAUGUCCGGGCAGAGUGCCGCUUCGUUGGACUUACAAACCUUGGAGCAACCUGCUACAUGGCUUCCACCAUUCAGCAGCUGUACAUGAUCCCUGAGGCCCGCCAAGCCGUCUUCACGGCAAAGUACUCUGAAGAGAUCAAACACAAGACCACACUGCUGGAGCUGCAGAAGAUGUUCACCUAUCUCAUGGAGAGUGAGAGGAAGGCGUACAACCCUCGACCGUUCUGUAAAACCUACACUAUGGACAAACAGCCUCUGAACACCGGCGAGCAGAAAGACAUGACGGAGUUCUUCACCGACCUCAUCACCAAGAUAGAAGAAAUGUCCCAGGAGCUGAAAAACACGGUCAAGACUCUGUUUGGAGGCGUCAUCACCAACAAUGUUGUUUCCUUGGAUUGUGACCAUGUCAGUCAGACUGCAGAGGAGUUUUACACAGUCAGAUGUCAAGUGGCAGAUAUGAAGAACAUCUAUGAGUCUCUGGACGAGGUGACUAUCAAGGACACGUUGGAAGGUGACAACAUGUAUACCUGCUCGCAGUGUGGAAAGAAGGUCCGCGCAGAGAAAAGAGCUUGCUUCAAGAAACUCCCACGGAUCUUGAGCUUCAACACCAUGAGGUACACCUUCAACAUGGUGACCAUGAUGAAGGAGAAGGUGAACACACACUUCUCGUUUCCGCUGCGCCUUGACAUGACUCCCUACACAGAGGACUUCCUCAUGGGCAAAGGAGAGCGCAAAGAGGGUUUCCGGGACGAGGGUGAACCAAACGUCAAUGAGAGCUACGAGUACGACCUCAUUGGUGUCACCGUACACACAGGCACAGCAGACGGCGGUCAUUACUACAGCUUCAUCAGGGACAUCGUCAACCCCCACGCCUACAAGAACAACAAGUGGUACCUGUUCAAUGAUGCAGAGGUGAAACCCUUUGACUCUGCCCAACUGGCCUCUGAGUGCUUCGGAGGAGAGAUGACGACUAAAACCUACGAUUCUGUCACUGACAAGUUUAUGGACUUCUCCUUUGAGAAGACGCACAGUGCCUAUAUGCUCUUCUACAAGAGAGUGGAGCUGGAGGAAGAAAACGGAAAAGAUUUUAGUCUUGAUGUCUCUCCUGAUCUACUUGAGUGGAUUUGGCACGACAACAUGCAGUUUCUGCAGGACAAAAACAUCUUUGAGCACACGUAUUUUGGGUUCAUGUGGCAGCUGUGUAGCAGUAUCCCCAGCACCUUACCGGACCCUAAAGCUGUCUCCCUCAUGACUGCCAAGCUCAGCACAUCGUUUGUUCUUGAGACCUUUAUUCACUCUAAAGAAAAGCCCACCAUGCUGCAGUGGAUCGAACUUCUCACCAAGCAGUUCAACAACAGCCAGGCAGCCUGUGAGUGGUUCUUGGAUCGGAUGGCUGAUGAUAACUGGUGGCCGAUGCAGAUCCUUAUAAAGUGCCCCAAUCAGAUCGUCAGACAGAUGUUCCAGAGGUUGUGUAUCCAUGUCAUCCAGAGGCUACGGCCAGUUCAUGCCCACCUCUACCUGCAGCCUGGAAUGGAGGAUGGCUCCGAUGACAUGGACGGCCCUGUGGAAGACAUUGGAAGUCGAUCCUGUGUUACUCGAUUCGUCAAGACCUUGCUGUCCAUAAUGGAGCACGGCGUCAAGCCACACAGCAAACACCUGACCGAGUACUUCGCCUUUCUUUACGAGUUCGCCAAGAUGGGGGAGGAAGAGAGUCAGUUCUUGUUGUCACUACAAGCCAUCUCCAUCAUGGUGCACUUUUACAUGGGAACCAAAGGUCCUGAAAAUCCUCAGGUGGAAGUACUGUCAGAGGAGGAGGCAGAGGAGGAGGAUGAAGAGGAGGACAUUUUGUCUUUAGCAGAGGAGAAAUACCGUCCAGCUGCUCUGGAGAAGAUGAUUGCGCUGAUUGCUUUGCUUGUGGAGCAGUCCCGCUCUGAGAGACAUCUGACUCUGUCCCAAAGCGACAUGGCAGCCCUGACUGGAGGGAAAGGCUUUCCCUUCUUGUUCCAGCACAUCAGAGACGGCAUCAACAUCAGACAGACCUGCAACCUCAUCUUCAGCCUCUGUCGCUAUAACAACCGUCUGGCUGAACAUAUUGUGUCGAUGCUCUUCACCUCCAUUGCCAAGCUUACUCCUGAGGCUGCCAAUCCUUUCUUCAAGCUGCUAACAAUGUUGAUGGAGUUCGCAGGCGGACCUCCAGGGAUGCCUUCCUUCGCCUCCUACAUCCUUCAAAGAAUCUGGGAAGUGAUCGAGUACAAUCCAUCCCAGUGUCUGGAUUGGCUGGCCGUCCAGACUCCCAGGAACAAAUUGGCUCACAGCUGGGUGCUGCAGAACAUGGAGAACUGGGUGGAACGUUUCCUUCUGGCACACAACUACCCCCGAGUCCGCACAUCUGCUGCGUACCUCCUGGUCUCCCUCAUCCCCAGUAAUUCCUUCCGCCAGAUGUUUCGCUCCACACGCUCCCUCCACCUGCCCACCCGUGAGCUGCCGCUGUCUCCUGACACCACUGUGGUGUUGCAUCAGGUCUACAACCUGCUACUGGGGCUUCUUGGUCGGGCCAAGCUGUAUGUGGACGCCAGCGUUCACGGGACCACCAAACUGGUGCAGUAUUUCAGCUUCAUGACCUACUGCCUCAUCUCUAAGACAGAGAAACUCAUGUUCUCUGGUUACUUCAUGGAUCUGUGGAACCUCUUCCAGCCAAAACUAUCAGAGCCAGCCAUCGCCACUAACCACAACAAGCAGGCGCUGCUGUCUUUCUGGUACAACGUGUGUGUAGACUGUCCUGAGAAUGUCAGGCUCGUGGUGCAGAACCCUGUGGUGACAAAGAACAUUGCCUUCAAUUACAUUUUGGCUGAUCACGACGACCAGGAGGUGGUGCUGUUUAACCGAGGCAUGCUGCCAGCCUAUUACGGCAUCCUGCGAAUGUGCUGCGAGCAGUCGCCCACCUUCACCCGCCAGCUGGCGUCGCACCAGAACAUCCAGUGGGCCUUCAAGAAUCUGACGCCGCAUGCCAGCCAAUAUCCUGGGGCGGUGGAAGAGCUGUUCAACUUGAUGCAGCUGUUUGUGGCGCAGCGUGCCGACAUGAAGGAGGAAGAGCUGGAGGACAUCAAACAAUUUAAGAAAACCACCAUCAGCUGCUACCUGCGAUGCCUGGAUGGACGCUCCUGCUGGACCACUCUCAUCAGUGCCUUCCGAGUUCUGCUGGAGAACGAUGAGGACCGACUCCUGGUUGUGUUCAACAGAGGACUCGUCCUCAUGACUGAGUCUUUCAACACCCUGCACAUGAUGUACCAUGAGGCCACGGCAUGCCACGUUACUGGAGACUUGGUGGAGCUGCUCUCCAUCUUUCUGUCCGUCCUCAAGUCCACCCGGCCGUACCUGCAGCGCAAAGAUGUGAAGCAGGCUCUGAUCCAGUGGCAGGAGAGGAUUGAUUUUGCUCACAAGCUGCUUACUCUGCUCAACUCCUACAGCCCUCCUGAGCUGCGGAACGCCUGCCUUGAUGUGCUCAAGGAACUUGUGCUGCUGAGUCCACAUGACUUCCUGCACACCCUGGUGCCAUUCCUGCAGCACAACCACUGCACCUACCAUCACAGCAACAUCCCCAUGUCAUUUGGCCCCUACCUGCCCUGCAGAGAGAACAUCAAGCUGAUGGGGGCCAAAAACAACAUCCGACCUCCCAGACCAGAGCUCAACAUGUGUCUGUUGCCCUCAUUGGUGGAGAGCAGCAAGGGUAAAGACGAGGUGUAUGACGGGAUGCUGCUGGACUACUUCUUGUCCUACCAUCAGUUCAUUCACCUCCUGUGUCGCGUUGCCAUCAACUGCGAGAAGUUUACUGAUACACUCGUCAAACUAAGUGUGCUGAUAGCUUAUGAGGGACUUCCUCUUCAUCUUGCUCUCUUCCCCAAACUGUGGACAGAACUUUGUCAGUCACAGUCUGUUAUGGCUAAAACCUGUGUGAAACUGCUGUGUGACGACCCAGCCUUCAGCGAGUACAUCAAAUGUAUCCUGAUGGACGAGAGGACAUUUCUCAACAAUAACGUGGUCUACUCCUUCCUCACCUGCUUCCUGCCCAAGAUCCAGGUGCUGUCUGGUCCUAGCUGCUCCAACUUGAUCAGUGUUUUAGUGAUGAACCUGCUGACGGAGCAAAGCAACCUUCAGCCUGAGCUGGCAGUUCAUCGUGUGGAACUGAACAAGACCAGCAGCCUGCUCAAUGCUGACCUGAGGGCGCUGGUGUUGCUGCUGUCCAUCCAGCCGCCUCCAAACAUUGACCCCUCCCUCUGCCCAGCCCUGCAGGAGCUGCUGGGUCGCUGUCGUCUUUGUCUCCAACAACGCAGUGUCCUGGAGCUGGAGGCCAGGGACCAUAAAUCCAAAGCUGAGGAUGACGGAGCAACCCCGGUGAAACGACGCAGGAUGAGCAGCGACGAUGACAGAGCAGGGAAUGCAGCUGCUGCCCUCUGCAUGACCUCCUCUUCCUCUUCAACUCUCCCUGUCUGCAAUGAGCCAAAGCCUGACCACCAGGAGGCUCUGACGCCCACCAGCACCUCAGACACCGAGACGCGAGACUCUUCUUCUUUAAUAGACCCUGGUACUGAGCAGGAUCCUCCCUCUCCUGAACCCACGCCGGCCACUUCCAGAAAUCUGGACUCCUCUUUGAAAGAGGAGAAGAUGGAGGCCUCCUCCUCCUCCUCAUCCUCCUCUUUCUCCUCCUCCUCAUCUUCCUCCCUGCUGCAGGAAGCAGGGGAGGGGUUUGUUCAGGGGGAGGAGCCUGAAGUGCAGCAACCUGUAGGGACAACUGAAGAGCAGGAAGAGGAGCAGCCACAGGGACAGAGAGGUGAACCACCAUCUGCCUCCUCUGGGGACAUGAAGGAGGUGGUGGCUAAGAGCAGCAGUGGUGCCGCUCUGACACUCCCAGAGGAGGAAACUGCAUUGCCGUCGGCCCUCAGGCUGGUGGGAGAGGGACCAGACGGCACCGGGAGCCACAGCUCUCCCUCACAGGUCAUUCUGAGUGGUGGCCCUCCACCUGACAUGCUGGACAUGCUGUACAGGACAGUGGAAGCCACUAUUGCCAUAGUUACCAAACUGUCUGUUAAAGCGUUGCCCUCUUCAUGAUAUCAUCAACACAAAGCCACCUGGAGUCCUCCGCCAAUACACACUGCGUACCUGUUUCUGCUGUGUCGGUUUCUUCUUCCUCUGCUGUUUCUGCGCUGCUCUUCGUUGCCUUCUGCUGAUGUUCUCUCUGUCAGAUCCUGCAGCUUCGUCGACUCUCACCCUGAUAAAUUAGACGCCACACACAACCCCGCCCCCUUGUGGGGCAACGACGACAACCAGAACACGUACAAGCUGCAGCACAUUGUUUUCCAAGGGCAAAAAAAAAUUUUCGUUUUUGUGCGUGUUUUAUACUGAAUUGAAUUUGUUUUGGAAAGUGAUUUUAUUUUAGGUUUGCUGUAACGGGGAAAGGUUUACACAACUUUUGUCUCCUCUGUAUGUAAUUUAAUUUUAUUGCAUUUUUACUGUGUAUAAACAUGGUCGUCCUCUGUGCCAGUUUUGUACUUUAUGAAUGAGGCAAAAAGAAAGUUGCCUUGACUUUUUUUCUGUGGUUUAAAUAUCCAGAAACUAAGUUUACCUGUUAAUUAAGAGAACCACAAGAAACUUGAUUCUGUAAAGAAUCCACUCUAGCUAUUGCCUGAAGGUUUAUCAGAAACUAUAUAAAUAUCUUUAUAUAUCUAUAUAUAAAUAUAUGAAUAUAAAAAUAUAUAAAAGUGGUGCUUUAUUUGACUGUGGUAAAAAUAAAGCCCCCAUGUUGGACCAGCUGGAGCUUUUAUUUUCCUUUUACUGAAGUACAUUCCACAAGCUGUUGUUUAUUUUGCUUCUUCUGCUGUGUUCUGAUCCUCUCUGAUUUUAUUUUAUUAGAGAAUAAAUUAAUAAAAAACUGUUUUAAUAUGAAGAAUUAUAA